AUGCAUCUAUCGAGUGAAGUGAGUUCGACUACUAACGGACUGGGGCACGAGGCUCCGUCUUCUAGUUACGGUGGUAGUGGUCUGCCGAGCCAGCCGCUUACUGCCGAACUCCUGGCUGAGAGGACGCUGGAGGGACUUCUGGCUGAUCAUCAGGGCGAACUGGUGAAGACUGGCAGUCCGCAUGUGGUCUGUACAGUACUGCCUCCUCAUUGGCGGUCGAACAAAACGCUGCCAGUCGCCUUCAAGGUUGUGGCGCUUGGGGACGUUGGUGACGGUACCCUCGUCACAGUGCGCGCUGGCAACGACGAGAACUGUUCCGCGGAGCUCAGAAAUUGCACGGCGGUAAUGAAAAACCAAGUGGCGAAGUUCAACGACCUGAGAUUCGUCGGCCGGAGUGGUAGAGAAUGGGUC